GCCCUCCCUUACAAUUAUAAAUGAAGCCACAUACUACUGUUAUUAAUGAAAAAAGAACAAAAAAAAAAAAAAAAAAAGAGACAUAAGACACAAAGAGAGGGAAGGGGGGAGAGAGAGAGUGUGUGUGUUGUUUGCUAAGCGGAGCUUAAAUAAAAGCGAUGAAUGUCGGCUGCCUAGUUCUUUAAUCUCUCCUCUUUAUUUCUCAAAGGAUCUCUUCUUUUAAAGAUUUAUUUAUUCCAUUUCUAUAUAUAUCAGUCUAUUUCUAAUUCUAUCCUUAUCCCUCUCUGGAUCCAUUCAGUCCAUUUCUAUCUCUGUCGCGAGAAGAUCUCGCAUUUCCUUAGCUGGAGAUCCUAUAAUCAUAGAAUGAGAUAGUUCGCUUUAAGUCUAGCUCUCAUUUUCUUGUUUGGUUGCCCAGAAAGUUCAGUUCAGCAUCAAAGCAACCGGAAAAGUAAGCUUUCUCAGUAGAAGAUUUAAUCAUUUAUCAGCUCUGACUAAGCUUAACUAUUUAUUGAAUUUUGGAGGAUGAGUUGGGAUCCACAUAUGGAGGUUCAAUACAUAAACAGUAACUACCCUUAUAAUAGUGCUGGCAGCUUUAUCGAAUAUUUUGAAGGUCUUACUUAUCAACAUGUCAAUUUUAUUUUCGACGGUGCUUCUCAUGUCCAGGAGAGUGUGUACCCAUCCAUGACUUCAAGCUUUUACAAGUUUGGCCCAUCUGAUUCUGGCAGUAUUUCAUAUUAUGAUCAUCGUAAUGAUCAUAGUUACGAGGUGAAUAACCAUGACCUGUGCAUUGAUGAAUAUAGAAGGGCAUCAGAUAGUUCCUUGUCAGGGAGUAAUGGACAGACUGCAGCAAUGAAUGUGGAAUGGGAAAGAAACGCACAUGCAACUUCACUUGAAAACUCGGUAGAUUGUCCACGGAGACAACAUAAUGCUCAUGAUUACCAGGUUAUUUGGCAAGAUUGUGUUGAUCCUGACAACAUGACAUAUGAGGAAUUACUUGAGUUAGGGGAGAGUGUUGGAACACAAAGUCGGGGUCUCACCCAAGAACUUAUUUCAUUGCUACCUGUUUCAAAAUACAAGUGCAGCUUAUUCUCAAGGAAGAAAUCAAGGAAAGAGAGAUGUGUAAUUUGCCAGAUGGAAUAUAAAAGAGGUGAGAGACAGAUUACCCUACCUUGCAAGCAUGUCUACCAUGCUGGGUGUGGCACCAGAUGGCUUAGCAUCAAUAAGGCUUGCCCUAUAUGUUAUACGGAGGUGUUUGGCAAUGGAUCAAAACAUUAAGGGACAAUGACGAUGAACAUAAAGAAAAUAUUCGUAUGCUAUAAAUAUUUUUGGGUUGGAUUUGGGUAUUUCCCCCUAAUACGAAGAUGUUCUAUUUCGACCUUUUACGUUGUUUAACAGAAGAAUAGUUGAUUUUGACUUUUGCAAUAAUUGAAAGGGAGUAUGGAUAUGGUAGAAUAUGGAUGUGUUAACUAGAAAAAGCGGGGGUUGUAUAAAGUCUUCGAUAAUGUUUGUCGUAUUCAAAUUAUUGUCCAUUUCCUAUGCAUUUUCCUCAUAA